AUGAUCAACCAAUCUGUAACUUUGAUCUCGUCGCUGGCAGGCUCCACCAUGGGCGCUGGAGCCUCUAUGACAAAGGAUUCGGGCAACUAUAUACGGCUUCAGACACCGUCACGAAUUGUCACGGCUUUUCUUAAUCUUGCCAAUAAACCACACCAAGCACCAUUAGUAGCUGCCAAGACGCAAUGGAAAAUCGCCCAUCAAUUUGCUAGAGAUACCUCGACAAAUGAGCAAGAAUUACUACAGCUGCUGCACGACCCUGUGGGACAGAAACACAUCGGCGCUUUUGCAAAGAAAAUCAUGACAUCCGAGACGUUUUUCUGUUGGGUCGAGAUAAAAGAAUUUAGAGAAGCACCAUCCUCCGGAUAUCGUAAAUCGAUGGCCAAGCUCAUCUACCGCAAAUAUAUUAAAAAUGGAUCGACUAUGGCGCUAGGAAGUAUCACUUCUGAUCUUAUCACUCAUUACGACAAGCAAAUCGCGGAGUUAGAUACAAAUCAUGGCGCGAGUGCGACGUUAGAUUUUUUUGAUCCCUUAAUGGCUAAUAUCGUUGCCGAUAUGUGUCAAAACACGUUUAUACGUUUUAAGGCUUCACCAGAGUAUGAAGCUUUCAAAAAAGACUUGAAGGAUACAUACAACAAAGUCACAAUUGAAGACUUUGAAUACUUGGAAGUUCUUGGUAGUGGUGGCUUUGGUCGUGUUGUGCAUGCGCGUAAGAAGUCUACCGGCAAACAUUAUGCGAUGAAAAUUCAGCUGAAGACUGGUCUACUGGACGAACAUCACGAUCAAUUGAGCCAGAUUACUUCAGAAAAGGAUAUCUUACAAAUUUGCCAUAACCCGUUUGUCUUAGAUAUGCACUACAGCUUCCAGACUUCAGCACACGCAAUCAUUGUAACAGAGCUUGUGCGUGGUGGCGACUUAAGCGACGCUUUAAAAGCAUGUCGAGAAGGCUAUAUCCAUGAAGACCGCGUUCGACUGUAUGCAGCCGAGAUCGGGUUAGCUCUUAACCAUAUGCACGAGCUGGGGCUUUUGUAUCGAGACUUGAAACCUGGCAACGUACUUCUUGGGGAAGAUGGACACGUAAUUUUAGCCGACAUGGGACUUGCCACUGGUUUUGAUCCACUGAAAUUGCAGAAGGAAGAAUCAGGAGAGUUUUGGUACACGGCAAUCCAGCCGAAACUAACGCGCAGGAGAACAACAGUCGGUACACGUGGCUAUAUGGCUCCAGAAAUUGUAUCUGGAAAAUUAAUGAAACGUAAUGAGCGGCAAGGGUACACUUACGCGAUUGAUUUUUGGUCUCUCGGUGUUACGAUGUUUGAGUUGUUGUGCGGUUUUCGGCCGUUCACCUCACCGUCGACCGGCAAUUAUUUUCAAGACUUGGCCAACGAUGAAACUUAUGGGCUUUCUCCACGGUCACAACUUAAAAUUGAACUUGAAAGGAUGGCACAAUGUGUGACGUUCCCGUCGCAUGUUAGUCCAAAUGCCCAAGACUUUCUGAAACGCUUAUUGGAGGUUUUGCCAGAAAAUCGACUCGGCUGCAAUGAUGAAAAGGGGUUUGUUGAAUUUAUAGAGCAUCCAUUUUUUGAAACAAUUGACUGGGAAAAGCUCAUGAUGAAACACAUUGAUCCCACAUUCAAACCUGCUGUGCAACUGCUAAGUGACAAGAGAAUUUUUAACUCGUACGAGCAAAUGAUGUCGUACUUUGACACACGAGACAAGGACUUCUCUCGAUACGACUGGUAUGCGGAUCCAGAUCCAGAAAUGCAGAAAUAUUUUGAUAAUUGGGAGUUUAUUUCGCUUAACACGUUACGAGCUGAGCUGGGAAUUGCCAAGGAGCUUGACGAGAUGAAUAUUCCGUACAAAGUGCUUCAGCUUACUGGUGAAGACAGCAAGGGUAAGUUUACUGCAAACAAAUAG